CAUCAUCGUCGCCAUUGUAGCGACGAGAUCGCGAAAGUGGUGGUACGCGAAUAAAAUCGUCGUUUACGGCGACAGGGGGAUAAUUCCUCCCUAAAAAAGUGUUUUUCGUUUUUUCUCGACGCUUGCAAAGCUCGAUUUCAUCAAUACAUUGCCUUCUUGGAGGUAUUUACUUUGUAACUGAUAAACAUGGCUUAUUGAAAGAUGGAUCUGCAGCAAAAAGUCGUUUCUCCAUACGGAGGAGACCUUAUCUCUGUCGUUGUGCACGUUUUCGGCGGCUCGUGCCACCUUUACAAUGGACAAAAAGUCCAAAUUUCCGCAGUCCUCGUCCAAGGGGACGAGCAGUGAUUCCAAGAAAAAUCAAGAUGUCGUUGGUAGCAGACCGUUUCCAAGAUCUUCCCGUAAACGCGAACCGAUUGGUGCGAGCAACUUGUCCAAAUAUGAUCAGCCAAGGAAGACCUUUGCACAGAAAGGAAAAAGUUUUGAUAAGAGACCAAAACCUAAAGGAUAUUAUAAUGGCAGUGCAAAGGAGGAUUCCAAGGUAGUAGAAGAACUAGCUGAGCCAGGCUCAGUGAUGAACCAAGGAAGUAAAAAGCAGAGUUUGAAUCAUCUGCUGAAUUUUCAUUAUGCUCCACGUGACAUGCGAAAUGGUUCCGAGACGUGGAGCGGAAGAUCAUUGAAUUACGAUCGUAACAGCAAUCGUUGGCUGCCACCUGUUCAACGACACAAGUACAAUAAGGAGCAAUUUUUACAAGCAAACUGCCAGUUUAUCGUGAGUGCCAAUGGAGAUUACACAGCGCAUCUGGCUGAUCCUGACAUUUUGGUUGAGUGGAAAUUCAUCGAGCAAAUUAGGGUCCAUACAUCCGACAAACUGUCCUGUCCCAUUUGUUUAAGUUCACCUGUUGCUGCAAAAAUGACACGGUGUGGUCACGUCUACUGCUGGGCGUGCAUUUUGCACUACUUGUCAUUGUCUGACAAAACUUGGCGAAAAUGUCCCAUCUGCUAUGAAUCGAUCUAUAGAACCGACUUGAAGAGUGUCAUGGAAAUUACUCAAACCUCGAUGAAUAUUGGUGACAAGGUGCGACUGCGUUUAAUGCGACGAGAGAGAGGAUCUUUGAUCGCCACGGCCGUACCAGAAAAGGAAACUUUAGGUCCUACUGAUUUCUUCUAUGUUACUGAUGACUCCCACUGCCAAGUUUACUCUAAAUUACUUUUGGCUACUCCUAACGAUAUUUUAGACAUAAUCCAGUGUGAACGAGUUCAGCUGCAACUCGAAUUUUCUGACGAUCCCCACAGUCCCGAAACUUGUUUCAUCGAAGAAGCGCUAGAAAUAUUGAAAAUCCGAGAACAGGAACUCGGGGAUUCAAAGGAAGUCGUACAAUCAAGCUUUGAAUCCGGAAAAGAAGAUUUGUCUUCAAUGAGUGAAGAACCUCCAGUUUUCCCACCCGACCCCCAACCACCAUAUACAGACACCGUUUUUGAAGAAAGUCUGUUGCCUCCAGAGAAUUGCAUUCAAAAUCAAGAAUUGGUUCAAGCAGCCUCUUUAGCUUCGUAUCAAGAUCCUGAAUUAAAAAGCAACAGCGAAUCCCAUGUUGAAGUUGUGAAAUCCUGGUGGGAAGGAGAAGAGGUGGAAGAGUUUGAAAUGAUGGCUACCAAAACUGAAAUUGGCACGAAGAACGUACAACCGCCAAAAGUAAUGGAGAGUUAUGUUAAUGAUUUACAAGCUUCUUCGUUUGCGCAAAAAUUCUUUUACUUUUAUCAAGCCGAGAAUGGACAGAACGUUUACCUCCAUGCGAUGAAUGCCAAGAUGUUGGAAAUGCAGUACGGAAGUUUGCAGAAAUGCCCGCGAGUGAUCACAGGUAAAAUUUUGGAGAAGGAAGAUGGAAGUUUUACCCAAGAAUUAAGACGGCGAAUGCGAUAUUUGUGUCAUUUGCCACUCACAAGCCAGUUUGAGAUCGCUGAGAUCGAAUUGUUGCCACCUCUUGUUUCAGAGGAUGUUCGCAAGCAAUUUAAAGAUCAAUUGGAAAUGCGGCAAAGAAAAAGACAACGCAAGGCACGCGAGGAAAAGAAACGAGAAAGGAAAAUCAACGAGGAAGAGAAUAAACGGAUGGGAAGGUUUCCGACUAGAAAGGUUCACAUUGAAUCCCAUCGGCACUUUCCUCAGUGGCAGGCUGAACCACAAACUGGAGUUUCUAUACCAACGCCUCCGGAAUCAACUGAAGCUUCAAGUUUAGCCAGCAGUCCAUCGCUGAGUUCUAUUGAUGAAGUCUGCACGGUUGAAGAACCAAUAAUUUGGCCUUCUAAUAAUAAUGCCGAUUCGGGUCCGUCUUUUGCGCAAAUGCUUCGUCAAAAUGCGAGUCGCUCUAGUAACGCCUGGCCUGCCAUGAAAUCAAGAUCAAAUCUGCUGUCAGCUGAAAUUUCACCUCCUGCGCACAGAGUUGUUGACGAAAAUAACGAAGGUUACAUUUCUCUGCGCACUGUGAAACCAACUUUUGGUGAUGCUUUGGCCCAGGCUUUGGAACAGACGAGUUUAAUGGACCCGGCGCCAGAAAAAUUUGAGGAAGCUGGAACGGGAGGAGGUAAAAAGAAGAAAAAGAAAAACAAACCAACAGUGUUGUUUGCGACUGGCAUGGCUCGUUCACCUUAGCUUCAUUGUAUUUAAAAAUAUACAAGGUUGUGCUUCUUAAUUUUUUAAGUUCUUAAAACAUAAUUAUUAUUUAAUUAGGAUCUUCUGGAAACGGAACAAAAAUCAGUAGUUCUUGACUUCGCACCACGACAUUAUGAGAUUGCUCUGCGAGAGUAUUUUUGUUGUAAAAGAUAUUACUUGGGUCUGCCAUGCUUGUGAAUAAAAUUCAUAUUGAAUAGA